GAUGUCCAUGUUCCAGGUGAAUGGGGAGAAGAAGGAGAAGAAAAACAAGAAGAAAGCUGCCACCAGCAGUGAUGAAGAGGAUGAUUCCGACUCCAGCACCAAACCCAUCAGGUCAGAAAAGAAGAAGAACCCAGCAUCCCUCUUCCAGACCGGCGGGGACCCCCCCAGGGAGAAGAAACCCAAAAAGAAAGCUCCUCCCAGAGCAGCUGAGAGUGAGGAUGAGACCCCGGAGACCCCACAGAAAAACUCCAACAAGAAGGGGAAAGGGAAGAAAUCAAAGAAGCCCAAGGAGGAACGAGCCCCAUCGCCUGUUAUUGAGGUGGACAACCUGGAAGAGUUUGUGCUGCGGCCAGCGGCACAGGGGGUGACCGUCAAGUGCCGGGUGACACGGGACAAGAAGGGGAUGGACAGGGGGCUUUACCCCACCUAUUACCUUCACUUGGAUAAUGACAAGAAGGUAUUCCUCCUUGCUGGGAGGAAGCGGAAGAAGAGCAAAACCUCCAACUACCUCAUCUCCAUCGACCCCACCGACCUGUCACGGGGAGGAGAGAACUUCAUUGGGAAGCUGAGAUCCAACCUGAUGGGUACAAAGUUCACAGUGUUCGACAACGGCGCGAACCCUGACAGGGCCAACGCAGACUGGUCCAAUGUGCGGCAGGAGCUCUCGGCCGUGGUCUACGAGACCAAUGUUUUAGGGUUCAAAGGCCCCCGGAAGAUGACGGUCAUCAUCCCUGGGAUGAACUCUGACAACGAGAGGGUGCCCAUCCGGCCCCGAAAUGAUAAUGACGGUCUCCUGAUGCGAUGGCAGAACAAAAACAUGGACAACGUGAUCGAGCUGCACAACAAGGCGCCAGUGUGGAACGAUGAGACCCAGUCCUAUGUCCUCAACUUCCACGGCCGGGUCACUCACGCCUCCGUCAAGAACUUCCAGAUCGUGCACAGCAGUGACCCUGACUACAUCGUGAUGCAGUUCGGGCGUGUGGCGGAUGAUGCUUUCACCAUGGAUUACAAUUACCCCCUCUGUGCCGUGCAGGCCUUUGCCAUUGCUCUCUCCAGCUUCGAUGGAAAGCUAGCCUGCGAGUAGCACCUGCACAGGGACCACGUGCUGGUGCCCAGUGGAUGCUCCUGUGUCCUUUUCCUGCUCCUCUUCCUCCAUUUCCACCUUCUGCAUGGUGAAUGCUCAUGGUUACAGCCACUCCUGUGGUGGCUGGAGGUGCACGAUGCCUGCAGAGCACAGUGGGACAUUUAUGCAGGCAAACUGGGGCCAGAUGGCAGUGUCAAGCUCAGGGUAUAUUUAGCAGAUGAGGCUGACUGCGAUCCCGAUCUCAUCCCUUUGAGACAUUUCUUGGACUUGGAUCCUGGAAACUUAUCCCCCUUUUCUAUUUUCUAUUUUUUUAGGUUCUGGUUUGUAUUUUGUAGCUUGGCCUGUUUGGGAAGGGGGGGGGGUUGGUGGUCUCUGUGCUUCCUCAUCUGCCUAUGAGUGUGCACAGAGCCCCCCUGCCACUGAGCACCAAACCCCUUUGUUCAUAGAAUCAUAGAAUCAAUUAGGUUGGAAAAGACCUUUAUGAUCAAGUCCAACCUUUUUUGCCCUAUCUUUCCCUUGUGCAAGCAGCCAUGCAGUGCCCAUGAUGUAUUUGCACACCCAGGGCUCUCCAUCCCACUGCCUGGAAGCCUUUGGGAAUUUGGGUCCCUAAGGAGCAUCUUGGCACCCAGAGCACUGGCACCGUGUGGGCAUGUGCCAAGGGGAGGCACCAGCAGCCACGUGAGGCAGCGCUGGCAUCACCAGCACAGGGCUGGGCCGGGGCGAUGCUGCCAGGAGGGACCUGGAAGGGAAAACUCUGUGUGCACCAGGAAGUGCCGGUGGGUGACUCACCAGGUGUGGUGCGGUGCUGAGUCAUGCUCAGAGUCCGGCCAGCCCCCCCGUGUCCCCCCAUCCCUCCAGACCCCAUGGGGCUGGUGGUGCUCUGGAGCCCUGUACACGCCAUUGGUGCUCCCUGCUCAUGGGGAGGUGACAGAGGGGAGAUGCCACCUCAGGACAU